CUUUAUCGGAAACGAAGGAUGUGGUGGAGCUGCAGCCACAGUUGAGAAUGGUGCUGCAAACGCAAUUCCUCUCAUCGGUGCGACACAGUGUGCUCUUAUUCUCUCCCAUCCAACUCCAACCCAAACUCACUAUCACUAUCAGAUCCCAAAAGCCUUCUGAAUCCUCACCCGAUGAUUCUGCUUCCCCAAAGCCCGGGGUGGGGUUUGGGUCGUCGGAUACAGUUCCUGCAAACAGUAAAAGAAAACAAAAACAGAAACAGAAGGGGCAGAGAGAAAGGGCCUCCAUAAUUCGGAGAACACCACUUGAAAAACCCGCAUUUGUUUCGGAGCAACAAGUUGGUCAAGAUAAGGAGCAGAGCAAGAAUGAAAGUGCUUUUCUUCUUGCGUGGCUCGGUUUCGGCGUCGUUAUUCUCGUCCAGGGCAUUGGUCUUGCAGCAUCCGGCUUCCUACCAGAACAGUGGGACACAUUUUUUGUCAAGUAUCUCUACCCAUCGUUUACCCCUACAGUUUUCUUGUUUGUUGCUGGAGGGGUUGGAUAUGGAGUGUAUAAAUAUUUGCAGAAUGAGAAAACCACAGAGCAGAAAUAAUAUGACAGGUAAAAUAUAAAAUAACCCGAUGCCCUCGAGAGUAAAACUAUGAGUGGCAGAGUCUGAAUCAUUCUUCGCUUCAAUUUCAUUCUAUUCUACUCUGUUAUCAGAACAAAAAAUGUGACAACAAGGCUAUGUGAACUGUGGAAAGUCCAAUAAGAAUCAAAUUUGGAUCCUUAGCAACAAUGCCACAUGCCAAUGUAUGGGCCAAGUAACAGGGAUUUUUGAACAGUCUACAUUGUAUUUUAUUCACUUUUUAGCUAUGAAACUUACUUUCUAUCCUGCUGCUAUAUGGAUUUUGAACAUUCUCAUGUGGGUUUCCUCGUCAAACACUAAUAUACUGCUUUAAUUCAAUUUCUUCCUUAGUUAUUAGAAUUUGUCUUGAAAAAGUUGUUGUUUUAAGUGUUUUUUUCUUCUUCUUAUUUUUGUAAGUUUCUUUCAUUAUAAAAAUUAGGUAAUGUAAUGACAUUGUUAUGC